CGGUGCACGCCGCCAGGGCUGUGCGCUCCCUGCGCGUUUUCCGGCGGAGUGAGCUCAGCGCGGACAGGGAUAGAGAAGCUAUUUCUCAAUUUCCCCUGGAUCGAAAUUCGCAGUGGAGGUUUGACGCUUCUGUGGAAAUUGAGAGCUCCCACCAAAGCUGACUCAGAGCUCUUCCUGGAAGUGUGCAGUCCUGAAGACAGGCCAGACAGCUCAUGGCCGGGGAAUUUUGGAGUGAUCAGUAAAGGGUCAGGUGUUGGGGUUCCUGAGGAAAUUUGCCAGUGCAUCCUGGCUGAGUCUCAGCAUUUCUCAGCAGAACUCGUUGAGAAGAAGGAAGAAAACAAUAUGAAGAGGAAGAAGGAAGAGCUAAGGGAGCGCCUCAGUGCCUUGGACUGCCCUCAUGGCCCGGUUGGUUUACACAACAUUGGACAGACCUGCUGUCUUAACUCCCUUAUUCAGAUAUUAAUUAUGAAUGUGGGCUUCACCAGGAUAUUGAAGAGGAUAACAGUACCAAGGGGAACAGAAGAGCAAAGGAGAAGUGUCCCCUUCCAGUUGCUCUUGCUACUAGAGAGGAUGCAGGACAGCCGGCAUAAAGCAGUGCAACCCUUGGAACUUGCCUACUGUCUCCAGAAGUACAAUGUUCCAAUGUUUGUCCAGCAUGAUGCUGCUCAACUCUACCUCACAGUCUGGAACCUAAUUAAGGACCAAAUCACAGAUGUGGACUUGGUAGAGAGGCUGCAGGCCCUUUAUACAAUCCGGAUGAAGGAGUCCUUGGCUUGCCUUGAAUGUACAACGGAAAGGAGCAGAAAUAGUAGCAUGCUGACCCUCCCCCUUCCACUUUUUGAUAUGGACUCAAAGCCCCUGAAAACCCUGGAGGAUGCCCUUCGCUGUUUCUUCCAACCCAGGGAGUUAUCAGGCAAAAGCGAAUGCUUCUGUGAGAACUGUGGGAAGAAGACUUGUGGGAAGCAGGUCUUGAAGCUGACCCAUUUGCCCCAGACCUUGACAAUCCACCUCUUGCGGUUCUCCAUCAGGAAUUCGCAGACAGAAAAAAUCUGCCACUCACUUUAUUUCCCCCAGAGUUUGGAUUUAAGUCAGGUCCUUCUGAUUGAGGAAGACCUCUGCAGUGCUGAGGAACAGCUUGGAAGACAGUAUGAGCUCUUUGCUGUGGUUGCCCAUGUUGGGGCAGCUGACUUUGGUCAUUACUGUGCCUAUAUCCAGAAUUCUGUGGAUGGAAAAUGGUUCUGCUUCAACGACUCCAAUGUUUGUUGGGUAUCCUGGGAAGACAUCCAGUGUACUUAUGGAAAUCAUAACUACCGCUGGCGGGAAACUGCGUAUCUUCUGGUUUACAUGAAGAUUGAAUCCUAAUGGAUGUACCCUAAACUGUCAAGACUGACAAAGUUUCAUUUUCCUUUUCUAUCCCUGGAUCUGCUGACUCUCUCAAGAGAUUUUGCAGUGAGAAGAAGGAUAAUUUUCAAAUUGUAUAGUUAAAUUUUAUUUAUAAUUGGGGUUGAUUAUCAAAAUAUUUACCAGUAACUCUGGAUGGGUCUUGAUCAGUCAGAAUAGAUACUUCCACUGGCUAGAGCCAGGACCUGAGUGCUUCCUGCUGUGGAAGGCAUGAAUCCUUUAGUUAGGAGAGUAGAGGGGUUGAAGUGUUCCCAGAGGAGGGGAAACCAGGCCAACAAUUGUAAUGGGAGGCAUUCAGGUGGCAAGGGGCAGUGGUAGGGAAGUAUUUCAGUAUUUUACAGCUAGUUUGACUGUACUGGUAUGUACUGGCAGAAUAUUAUUUUUGUUUAUAAUUUAAAACAAUUUUAGAACCCAUACUACUUUAAUAAAAGUGAAGUGUUUUAUAAUUGUUAUUCAUUUAUUUGACAAAUAUGUAUUGAUCACCUACUCUCCGAAAGGUAGUGUGCUAGGUACCAUAAUGAAUAAAGUUCUUUUUCUCCAAA